UCGCGAGUUCAAUUACAAUCCACUCUGCGCUCUGGAAAGGAAACGACUCCAUUGCCAAGACUCUCUCUCUCCACAUUGGCCGAAUUGCAGAGGAAACAUGACAAUAUUUCACUUCUUCAACUGUGCAAUUCUGACGUUUGGCCCUCACGCAGUUUACUACUCGGCCACGCCCUUAUCUGAGUAUGAUACCAUUGGCACUUCAAUUAGAGCGGCUGUUGUUUAUCUCAUAACGGCACUUGUUAAGCUUGUUUGUCUUGCAACAUUUCUUAAUGUAUCUGAAAGUGACAGUUUUGAUCCAUAUCAGGAAUUGUUGAAAGCAUUGAUUGGGUUCAUAGAUGUCGCUGGGCUUUAUUUUGCCUUGACACAGUUGGCUCACCGGAAUAUCUCUCAAAACCACAAAUUCCAAGCUGUUGGACUUGGUUGGGCUUUUGCUGAUUCUGUCCUUCAUAGAUUGGCACCCCUGUGGGUUGGUGCUAGAGGUUUAGAAUUCACUUGGGACUACAUUUUGCAGGGUCUCGAGGCAAAUGCUAAUUUGGUGUUGAGUAUAUCACUUGCUGCCUUAGGCUCUUUGAUGUGGCUUAGAAAAAACAAACCCAAGACCUUGAUUCCUAUUAUAUAUGCUUGCGCUGGGAUUGUGGCAACAAUGCCAUCUAUCACAAGCUAUCUAAGACAAGGCCUAGGAUGGCACUUCCCAAAGGUAGUAGGAUUUGAGCUUUUCACUUCUUUGGUGAUGGCUUUCAUUAGCUGGCAACUAUUUGCUGCAUGCCAGAGACCAUCUAAUUGAGGACUCAGUUUCGGAUGAAGACGGGAGAUCAAACAGACGGUAAAGCGGCCUCAUCUUCCACAAGACUCAAUUUUCUCGUUUACCAUCUUGUAGGCAGCUGUUGUAGUAGUUCACAUAAAAACUCAUUCCUUUGGGUCUCUUUUCUCAGAAGUUUUAUCAUUGUAACGGUUAAUUAUUGGAGAAAUUUUGAACAACUAAUUUUGUUUUCUUAAAUUGAGUCGUAAUUUAUUUCUCA